AGGAGUCAUGUUAGGAUGUGGAUGUCCUGUCAUCCUUCUCCUCCUCAUCAAAUUUCUGGACCUCUCCUUCAUGUCAUCAGCAUCAUCAUCAUCUCAGAAUGCCACUCUAUUCCGUUUCUCCGCUCUCAGAGAUGAGGACUAUGAGGACUAUACCACUGAGCCUCCAGGCCCAUCCACCACUAACUCCGGAGGCCCAAAUAACAACUGCAAAUAUGACCUGUGUGUGGAGCAUCAGCAAACCUGCCAGGAGCUUGCAAGUGUCACCGGCUGCCGCUGCCCGGGGCUGAGCUCUGCUUUCACUCCCCCGAGCCCUCCAUACCUCUUGGAUCUGAUUCAACAGGAUGGCAAAGGGGUUGUGGUGCGCUGGUGUGCUCCCACCUCCAUUGUCACCCACUACAUUGUCCGGGUGAGAGGGAAUGGAAAAGUGAUGGAUACAAAUAUACAGGUGGGGGAAAGCAAAAGGGGGGCAGUAUUGGAGGAUGUUGAGGCUGGUGCGUAUGUAUGUGUAGAAGCGGUAAAUAAAAGUGGCGUCAGUGCAAAGAAUGACAAGUCAUGUGCCGUAUUUGAACCCCAAAAUUCAGACUCUGGACUUGCGCUGAAGCUGGGCAUUAUUGGGGGUGUGGUGGGUCUAAUACUGCUGUUCAUUCUGGCUCUGCUGCUGUGGAGACACAAAACACGGCAGAUAUCCACCGCAAGGACUGAGACUGAGGGAGUUCUGUAACAUGCGUGUGUGUGUGUAGGGGGGGGGGAGGGGGGGGGGCAAAAAUGCACUUCAUCUUGAUAUGAAUGGUGGGAUUAAAUGAAUUACUGUUGACUACUGUAAGCAUGUUGGAUAGAGUGUAUGGAUGACUUAAUGAACAUGAACAGAAAAAGGGGCGCAGGGAAAGCGGAUAAAUGAUUCGGCACAUUCUUCUCAUUUGCUCGUCAGUGUCUAACAAUGUGAUUUUGGAAAGAUACACAUUGCCUAAUGCUGGUGUGCUGAUUCCAAUUAUGGGCUAUGUUUCAAGCCCACUUCCUGAUCGCAAUCAUCUUUUAAACUUCUUUAGCCUAUGUUUGUUUCUUCAUUCUGUAUGUGCUUUCAAAGAAAAAGGCUGAAUCACAGUUUCUCACAUGUUGAUUAGGAUUUGAUUGUAUCAAAUGAUUUAUACACAUUUUCGGUCAUUUUGUUAAGAAAGAGUUUGCUAA